CGGAGCCGUCCUCGGAGCCGGAGGUGUGAAGCGACCUCGCAGAGCCCGCGCCCGGUUCUUCUCGCUCCCCCCCUCUCUCCCGCCCCGCGCCUCUCUUCACCCCGCUCCCGUCCCUGCUCGCGCAGCCAUGGCGGAGCCGUCGGCGGCCACCCAGUCCCCGUCCGUCUCCUCGUCGUCCUCCGGGGCCGAGCCCUCCGCGCCCGGCGGCGGCGGGAGCCCGGGAGCCUGCCCCGCCCUGGCGAAGAGCUGCGGCUCCUCCUGUGCGGUGCAUGACCUGAUCUUCUGGCGAGAUGUGAAGAAGACCGGGUUUGUCUUUGGCACCACGCUGGUCAUGCUGCUUUCGCUGGCAGCAUUCAGUGUCAUCAGCGUGGUUUCUUACCUCAUCCUGGCUCUUCUCUCUGUCACCAUCAGCUUCAGGGUCUACAAGUCUGUCAUCCAAGCUGUACAAAAGUCAGAAGAAGGCCAUCCAUUCAAAGCAUACCUGGAUGUGGACAUCACUCUGUCCUCAGAAGCCUUCCACAAUUACGUGAACGCCGCCAUGGUGCAUGUCAACAGGGCCCUGAAGCUCAUUAUUCGUCUCUUUCUGGUGGAAGAUCUGGUUGACUCCUUGAAGCUGGCUGUCUUCAUGUGGCUGAUGACUUAUGUCGGUGCCGUUUUCAAUGGAAUCACCCUUCUCAUCCUUGCUGAACUGCUCGUGUUCAGUGUCCCAAUCGUCUAUGAGAAGUACAAGACCCAGAUUGAUCACUAUGUUGGCAUCGUCCGUGAUCAGACGAAGUCGAUUGUUGAAAAGCUCCAAGCAAAACUCCCUGGAAUCGCCAAAAAAAAGGCAGAAUAAGUACAUGGAAACCCGAAAUUCAACAGUUACUAAAACA